CCGUCGGCAUGGCAGACAAGUCGGAUCCCAUCAAGGACUUCGAAAAAUGGAAAAAGAAAUACAACCUGAAGAAAGCUCGCGUCAAGCGUGAACGCCGCCAUACGAGGAAGAAACCCGAAUGGCAGCUGGAGCGAGAGAACAUCAGCCGGCUGGUGAGCAAGUACGCCGACAUCAACAGCAAGGAAGUCGUCAAGUUCUCCGACUUCCCCAUUUCCAAGAAAACCUUGUUAGGCCUGCAGGAGUGUCAGUACAGGCAGCCCACGGAGAUCCAGAGGCAGGCGAUCGGCUUCGCCCUGCAGGGGAAGGACGUGCUGGGCGCCGCCAAGACCGGCUCGGGCAAGACUUUGGCCUUCCUCAUCCCGGUGCUGGAGUGUCUGUACCGCCAGCAGUGGAGCUCCGUGGACGGCCUGGGCGCCCUCAUCAUCUCCCCGACCAGGGAGCUCGCCUACCAGACCUUCGAGGUGCUCCGCAAGGUGGGCAAGAACCACGACUUCUCGGCGGGGCUCAUCAUCGGCGGCAAGGAGCUGAAGGGCGAGUCGCAGAAGAUCCACCGCACCAACAUCGUCAUCUGCACCCCGGGCCGCCUGCUGCAGCACAUGGACGAGACGGCCGCCUUCCACGCCACCGACCUGCGCGUGCUGGUCCUGGACGAAGCCGACCGCAUCCUGGACAUGGGCUUCGCCCCGGCGCUGGACGCCAUCGUGGAGAACCUCCCCGAGAACCGCCAGACGCUGCUGUUCUCCGCCACGCAGACCAAGUCGGUCAAGGACCUGGCCCGCCUCAGCCUCAAGGAGCCCGAGUACGUGUGGGCGCACGACAAGGCCAAGUUCAGCACGCCGGCCACGCUGGAGCAGAGCUACGUGGUGUGCGAGCUCCACGCCAAGGUCAACGUGCUCUUCUCCUUCAUCCGGAGCCACCUGAAGAAGAAGAUCGUGGUCUUCUUCGCCUGCUGCAAGGAGGUGCAGUACCUGUUCCGCGUCUUCUGCCGCCUGCGGCCGGGCGUCCCCGUGCUGGCGCUGCACGGCAAGCAGCGGCAGAUGAAGCGGGUGGAGGUCUACGACGACUUCCUGCGCAAGCGGAGCGCCGUGCUCUUCGCCACCGACGUGGCCGCCAGGGGCCUGGACUUCCCCGCCGUCAACUGGGUCCUGCAGUACGACUGCCCCGAGGACGCCGACACCUACAUCCACCGGGUGGGCCGCACGGCGCGCUACAAGGAGGGCGGCGAGGCCCUGCUGCUGCUCCUGCCGUCCGAGGAGGAGGCCAUGAUCGCGCAGCUGCGCGACAAGAAGGUGCCCGUCAACAAGAUCCAGGUGAACCCAGAGAAGCUCCAAAAUGUUCAGCUGAAGCUGGAGGCCUUCCUGGCUCAGGAGCAGGAGCAGAAGGAGCGCGCCCAGCGUUGCUUCGUCUCCUACCUGCGCUCCGUCUACCUGAUGAGGAACAAGGACGUGUUUGACGUCUUCAAGCUGCGGCUGCACGAGUACGCGCUGUCCUUGGGCCUGGCGGCGCCGCCGCGGGUGCGCUUCCUCAAUAAAGCUCAGGCGCAGAUGUCUGAGGAGGAGGAGGAGGAACUGAGCGCCUUCAAAUCCCGGCUGAGAGGAGCUGAGCCUCGCCGGGAAGAGUCUGAGGAGGACGCGGACGACGAGGGUCGGGCCCAAGUCCUCCUCGGGGGGGACGAUGACGACGCGGGAGCGUUAGACUUCCUGACGCUCAAGCGAAAGGAUGUGUUCAGCGCGGAGGAGGAGGGACACCCCGAGCAGAUGGACGAAUCGGACAAGAAGAAAAGCAAAAAGGUGAGCAGGUUUAAAGAGGCCAAGAAGAUCCUCAAGAGGAACUUCAAAGUCAACACCAAAGUGUCCUUCACCGAAGAAGGACAAGCCGUGCAGGUGUGGCCCCCCCUGCAGCGCUCGGCCGCGGAGGAACCGGAAGACGAGGUGUCGGGGAUCGACGUGGAAAAGGCCAAGGAGCGGCUGAAGAGGGAGGACCGCGACUUCGACAAGCGCGAGUACAGUCGCAAGGUCAAGGCCAAACAUCGCGAGAAGAGGCUGAAGGCCAAAGCCGCCAGGAGGGAGGCCGGCAAGCAGCACGCAGAGAAGUCGGACGACGAGGCGGUGGCGUACCUGGCCAGCAACGGCGAGGAUGAAUUCGACCCCGACACCCUGCCGGACCCCGACGGACGGCCCCGGGAGGACGAGGACGAGCGGUACGAACGUCGGCCCGCUAAACGGAGCUGCAGCGGCACUGAGGAAGAGGAGGAGGAGCCACCGGCGAAGAGGAGCUGGAGGAAGAAGGCCAAGCGGCAGGAGCAGGAAGACGCGGCGCCGGACGCCGGACUGUCGCUGGCCGAGGACGAGGAACUGGUCCUGCAGCUGCUGUCGGGACGCGCGUGAAACCGUCGGCAUCCGUCUUCUUUAACCGUCAUCACGGGAGUCGUGCCGGAAGCCUCGUCCGACUUUAAUGAUCUCCUCCUUUUAUACACGGAUCACGUUAUUCUGACUUGGAUAUAAAGUUAUUGGAUUAUGA